AUGGCACCAACUAUCAUUCUCAUUUCCGGCGCCAACAGAGGCAUUGGCAAGGGAAUUCUCGAACUUUAUCUUUCUAAGCCAAGCCACACUGUUAUUGCCGCAAACCGCGAUCCAAACCAUCGUUCCUCCAAAGCCCUCGCUGAUUUGCCUACAGCUGAAGGCUCGUCCCUUGUCCUGAUCAAAGUUGAUGCUACUGUCUCCACAGAUGCACUCGAGGCUGUGAAACAAUUAGAAUCCCAGGGUAUUGACCAUGUUGAUAUUGUGAUUGCGAAUGCUGGCGUUUGCUACGCUUGGCCCAAAGUUUCGGAAGUAAAGGCCGAAGAUAUUCAAGGGCAUUUUGUUCCAAAUGUACAUGGCUUUAUUUGGCUGUAUCAAGCUACACUACCCUUAUUGAAGAAGUCCAAACUCGGAAAAUUUAUCUCCAUUGGUUCUUCCGCUGGAUAUCUCACGGUACGUCUGCUCUCAAUUCUCAGUUCACAAUCGAACCAAUUAGACAUGCCAAAUUCGGCCUACGCGCCUUCUAAAGUAUCAGUACAUUGGCUUACAAAAGCUAUUCAUCGUGAAGAGCCAACUCUUAUAGCUUUCCCUAUUGAUCCCGGAUGGGUCCAAACAGACCUGGGAAAUAUCGGUGCUAAUCACUUUGGCUUUGACGCAGCUCCUCUGGGAGUCGCAGAAUGUGCUGCUGGAUUGGACAAGGUCAUAGCCGAGAGCACCAGAGAGACCCACGGAGGAAAGUUGUAUAAGUGGGAUGGAGAGGUUCUCCCUUGA